AUGUUCUCUGCCAAACCCUUCCUACUAUGCCUGGUAGCAUUGUUCACCAGCAUGGUAUCAGGUCUACCCCUCGCACCUUCCUCAGUUACACUUCACGACCUAGCCAGCUCUACAACCGCAACUACUACUUCUGUCAGCUCUCUUCUUCCCAGACAUGGUCCAUACGACGACGACACCUUAGAGAGACAAAGAAAAUUUUGUCGUGAAAGCUACACCUACUGUGAAGAAAUGUGUGGUGUCGAUCAGCAACUUGCCGACCUGGUCUUCUGCACAUUCGACCCCGCCCAUUGCAGAGACAUAUUUGGUGCUAGUCGCUGUACGCCCUGGGGCGGAGGUCCUUGGUGGUGCCAUCCUGGGGCCAAACCACCAGUUUUGAAUGGGGAUCCGGACCACGAUAAGACGGCUUUGUUCCCUCCUCCCACUCCAUCUGCUACUGGACCUCCCGUUCCACCAGCUUCUGAGGUCAUUGUUACUGCGAUUGUGGCCAAGGAGUUUAUGCUUCCUGAGCAGACUGCUGCAGCUACUCUGAUCAACAGCACUACUCCUUCCGCCACAAGCACCACCGAUGGGGGCAACGGCAAAUCCAUCUACAAAAGAGGUGGAUGGUGGUGCCUCUGGUUGUGUGAUUAG